GUCGGAUUGAAGAGAGCUUGCGAGAAAGUGGGGAUGACGAUCGUGCUCUCUGAUUUGAGCAUGAAUCGGUAAACCAAAUCAAUGACAUGCGAUUGACCUCGCUGAUAAUUUAAUUUCGGAUUUAGCUUUGUUAAGAUGAAGAGGAAAAGAAGAUUAAUCGAAAAAUAUAAUAAAAAGGCAAAAUAAAGCGAGAUAAGAGAUAGGAAAAAAUUGUUUCUGUGAUUUGUUUCGGAGAAAUUGGAGACGGUUCGGAAAAAUAGAAAGAGUAGGACAAACGCGAAAAGUGAAGGAAGUAAAUAAUAAUUUUCUUUUAUCACAAAACCGAAAGGAUCAAAUACGAAGAGGAUAUAUUUUGAAUGUCACAGAAGGAAGCACGGAGAAAGGAGGAGACAAAUAGAAGUAAUAAACAGAAUCGAAGGGGUGAGUUUUGUUUUACCGUCAAGUCAAUUGGAAUUGUAUUUUUUUCCUCUUCCUUCUCCCGUCUCCGCUAUUAUCAUCGUCAAAUUCCGAACAGUACAUCGAUCACGUGGACCACACAUGAUUAAGAUAAGCUCUUGACAAAAAAAUGAGAAAGAAGAGUCUGAAAAGUGAGAGAGAAAGAGAAAAACGGUAAAAUUUCAUAAUAGAUAGAAAUUAGCUGAGAGCGAUAUCAGAAUACUAAAAAUUCACUAUCAUAUGAUGUAAUAGGGGACUAAUUAGUGAAUGAUAAAGGUAAUCUUUUAGCGGAAAAAUUUUCUUGUCGGAGAAACGAAGAAAAGUGUACAAGUUGAAGAGAAACUAUAAGAGGAAGACUGAGAAAAAAAAAUCAGAAAUAAUUAAACAAGUAAAUCUCAAAAUGUUUUGUUCAAAAAACGGAAAAACAAAAAAGAAGUAGCAAACAUAGAUUUAAAACAAUUGAAAGAAAAAUUAGCAGAAUUAAAGUAUAGCUUUUGAUGAUUGUAUCAUACAUAAACUAAUCACGAACGAGACAAGUUUUCAACAAAGAAAAGACCAAUAGAUAAAGGGAAGAAAAAAAACAAGACGAAAUUUAACGGAAAUUGAUAAAGAUAAAUAAAAUUAAUUUUAAAGGUAGCAAAAAGGUAAAGAGAUAGAGAAAAGUGGAUAAUUUAAAAAAAUGAGAAAUAACUGCGAUCCAGAUUUAAAUAAUUAGAUCGAGAAGAUUUCGAUGAAUCGAGAGCGAAUAGAGUAAUUCCAAGAAGGAUGAAGGAAUGAGAAAAAGAACGAGGAAAAGAAAGAAGAAAAGAAAAAGAAACGUUUCUAGAAGCAAAGUUACGAGCUAGAUUUUAAUAAUUAAAAGUGACAUUAGCUAAAAUCAAACAGGAGCAAUGAACACACGUUUGUAUUAUUUAGCAGCAAAAGAAGAAGAAGAAGGGGGCGGAGGAGGAGAAGCGGGACAAAAGGGAAGAGGCAUCAUUCGCGGCAACGAUCUGUGCAAUCCUGGCUGGAUCGACACGGUGUCUAGUUGCGACGCUAAUUUUGACGAGCGUCACGUGAGAAAACGAGACGAGAUCAAUUUUCCAUCGCACGGAUCAUCGUCGCCGCCGCCGUCUUAUGGUCCAGCAGCUGUGCUCAGCAAUAUGGAUAUCUUGCGCGAUAAUAUUGACGCCGCACCCUUCUCCAACGUAACGUCACGCACUGACGAUAGACCGCGGGCUUACGAUAUCGGGACGACAUCUUAUACGACGACGAGAUGUGCCACGUAUGCACCGGAUGUUAACUGCAACGUGGCUUGCAGUGCUGUACCGACGACAAUAUGCAAUAUCGCGUCAACGACAUGCAAUGUCGCGAGUAGCGAUCUGAUGGCGACAUUGCUCUGCAACGACAAUGGUCACAUGACUGACUUUCGACAAUCGGAGAACACGACUGUCCCGAGGAGUUGCCAAUCGGGACCAAUUGAUGUCGAGGAUCUCGCGAUGUACUUCGAUCCGUGUAAACCAUCCUCAACGGCGAUUAAUCGCACGACCUAUUCAAAGAGGCCGAGAUACGGCCAUAGCACACGGAUAGAUCAGCCUCGACAGGAGGAUGAUUGUCGCUAUCUAGAUUUUUGCAAUCUACGCCCUUGCAUAGCUCUAGAAUCCAGCGAUUCGCGAUCAUGCGAUGUAGGCAAUACCGGAAAUCUGGCAUAUUGCGAUUUUAAUGAUCCGCGAUCUUGCUACCUGGGAUCUGGAAACGUUUCGAGAUUCGAUGAUCCACGAUUUCGUGAUUCGGGAUAUGUUGAUCCAUCGCGGUUUUACGAUAUACCAUUCGCGUAUAAUGCGAGACGCGAAAUGGGGCAGAACGAUCUGGGACAGAACGAUGAUCCAAAGUGGUCGAGCGAUUGGCUCCGCGACAACUGCCCGGAACUGUUCAAUUUUUGCAGCGAGGAACGGUGGUUGCGGUGCCCGGCGAGCGAUCGCUGCCCCCUUUAUGACACCUCGUACGCUCACGGUGCUUCUGCCGUCCUACCGCCAUGCUUAUACGAGAAUCUGCAAGCCGGUUACAGCGAUAAUUGGUAUUACGACUACGCGGAGGAUGAGCAGCUAGCCGAAGAUUACUUGAAUAACGAAAAGAGGAAGGAGAGAUCCCGUGAUGCAGCGCGCUGCAGACGUAGCAAGGAGACCGAUAUCUUUGCCGAACUCGCGGCCGCACUUCCGAUCGAGCAGGAACAGGCGGCGCAUUUAGAUAAGGCCAGCGUGAUGAGAUUGGCAAUUGCUUACCUCAAAGUCCGGUCCGUUGUGGAUUCCAUUCCAGCUUCGUUGACAAAGUCCGAGUCUUCCGCAGAGAUGGAUGAACUAUUUCCGAAAGCUCUCAACGGUUUUAUGUUAGUACUCUCAAGUGAUGGCAACAUGGUCUACCUGUCUGAAAAUGUCAGCGAUUAUCUUGGAGUGUCGCAAAUGGACAUGAUGGGGCAAAGCGUGUACGAAUACAGUCAUCCCUGCGAUCAUGACGAAUUGCGCGAGUGCCUCUCCUCAAAACCGACAGAUAAGGGUGAGAAACGUACCUGCAACUUCUUUCUGCGACUCAAGUGCACUCUCACCAACAAGGGGAGGAAGGUCAAUUUAAAGAGCGCCUCUUACAAGGUGAUCCAUUGCACUGGCAAACUAACAAACAUCCGCGAUUCGAACUCGAAUUCCAUGGAGGUUGAGAAUGAGGAACAAGAGAAGGAGGACGAGCUCGCGGAACAAGACACCGGCGCGUGUCUAGUGCUCGUAGGAAGUCCCAUACCCCAUCCCAGUAACAUCGAGAUACCUUUGGGACGCCAUACCUUUCUGUCAAAGCACAGUCUUAGCAUGAAAUUCACUUACGCUGACGAGAAGUUGGCUGAAUAUCUGGGCUGGGACAGCGAAGAGCUAAUGGGUCGAUCAGUUUUCGAGUUUUACCAUGCACUCGACAAUCCAGCGCUAGACAAGUGUUUCAAAUGUCUGUUCAGCAAGGGCCAGUGCGAGACUGUGGCCUACAGAUUUCUCGGUAAACGAGGCGGCUAUGCCUGGGUCGUCACUCAAGCCACUCUUAUUCACUGUUCCAAGCAACAGAAGCCGAUUUCCGUUGUCUGCGUCAACUACAUCUUAAGUGGACUCGAGCACGAGGAUGAAGUAUACAGCGUGCGCCAGCUGGCCGCGUGUGAUAGCGGUGCCGAUUUCGUGAAGUCGGAGAGAUCGUUGCUGACUCCGGUGGCGACCGGUGCUAUCAAACCGAUGUCGGAUUCGUGUCAGGUGCUGAACGACGACAAGAAGAUUUCCGCGAAGGAAUUGGUCAUCGACGACGAAUCGAGAAGCGACGAUCGACCGCUCGCUGUCACCGCGUCCAUCUUCCGUUCGGCGAACGGAAAAGACGACACGCGGAAGGACGACGAUUUCUCGAAACAGACACAAGAAAAGAAGACGUCCGUACGAAUUCUCAAGGAAUCGAUCAACGAAUCGUUGAAGGAGAACGACGAGCCGGCAGAUCGACAUAACUGCUGCCGGCCGCCAUUUGCGAAAACACCCUUUAUUUUCCAGGAUAAACCGGCGGUGGAGCGUGAUUCCUCAGAUAGUGUCGGACGUCGUGAUCGGCCGCAGGCGGUUACAAAACAUCUGUUCGCGCCGCUCGUGCCCACCGUACAGCAACAACAACAACAGCAGCAGCAACAGGAACAACCGCAACUAUCGUGCCGACCACCGCCGCAGACGGCCACAGCGAGUAUCUUCGCGCCUCGCACCGAGGACAUGAACAAGGGCUUCCUGACUUUCAGCGAGGAUCAGCCGGGUCUUACCAUGUUGAAGGACGAGCCGGAGGAUCUGACGCACCUCGCGCCCACGGCUGGUGAUGUAUGCGUCCCUCUGGAGGACACUCCCUUUCUGUCGGAUAUGCUGGACGAGUUUAUCUUCGGCAACGACAAUUACGGUUGUCCCUUACUAAGUCCGGGCGAUACUCUGACGCCGGAAUUACGUUCCCCGGAUCUCUCGGAGUCUCUUAAAGAGACAGACCUGGUGAGCACUACUACUAAAAACAAGAACACGACCGAUCGCCUGGCCGAUAGUGACCCCUUCAUGUACGGCGACUCGCCCGGAAGUCCCUGUGAUAUCGAUUCAAGUGCUGUAUCACCAUCCCUAUCGAAAUAUCGGCAGAGUCCUGAGCGCAGUGUAGACUCGCUAGGCAGUCCUAUAGAAGGUAGCGGCGGUGAUGGGCUUUCCGAGGAUGAGAUGCUCAUGUUAGGUAUCAGCGACAAUAUAGGAGACGACGAGCUGGCCCUCAGAGCGCCCUAUAUUCCAAUGUCGGAUCAGGAUGAGGCGUUGGAGCUGCUCAUCAGUGACGACAUGGUCAUGUGGGGCUCAUCUCAAUCUGAUAAAGGAUCUUCGAAAUGGUUACUCGAUGAUCGAGAGCAGCGAGGAUCUGAGAGCAGUCUGGCACAACUGUUAUUACGAACUGAUCAAGCGGUAUCGCGGCGAUACAACGAUCACGGCGGAGGUCUGAUGAAUCCACUCUUCGGACAAAUAACUAAAAAAAACACAAUCCUCGAGUCCACUCGAUGGUCUUCUAACCAGGAACGGACUGACCGUCCUAAUAAACGCAUUCAUUCCGGACUUAAUCUGGACUCUGAGAGCGAACACAAACGCCUCAAGUGCGAUGACUCGAUUUUCGAGCGCGUAAAUUUUGACAGCACUUUGUUGACGAAGCAGCAGCGAGCAUCGACGACAUCCUAUAAAAAGUCAUCGCAAUCGAGUUUUGACAAUACUUGCAAUAGCCAGCUUCUGCGUCGUCUCGUAUCACCACAGAUACCAUGCGUCGUAUCGUCACACACGACGUCGUCAUCCAACGAUGGCAGCGGUGAACAUCGUCGCGGAGAUAAUUCCAAACAACGCGCCCGCGUCCUCAACGAUGUCAUCGAUCUCGUUGGGACAGAAGACGAUCAUGGGGGAGGAGGCGGAGGUGGAAAUCGUGUCGGCGACGAUCUAGAUAGAAUGGGAACGACAAGCCGUAACCAGAAUCCAACCUGUGGCGGCAGCAGCGUGCUAAUGAAUCUCCUGGUUUCUGGCUGCGAUGAUCCCCUCAUGAAUUCUCGCAGCAUGCCGAUCCUGUUAUCGAAGAACCUGACGACCCCGUUGUCCAUCAACGUGGACAAUCAAAUAAUACCGCAGUGUUUGAACGCGGACAACACCAUAUCCCUACCCGAUCAUCUCAGCCCGGAUACCAGGAAGCACUUAAUCGGGCCGUUCACCGGUGGUGGUGGUGAUGGUGGAGGAACAACACCUAUAAUUUCACCCACGACAUCUGCGAUGGCCUUCGACGGCUUCGACUACGACGGAUCCGCCGCGAAUUUACUGCAAAUCGGUCCGGAUCUGCUCGGUGGCCUGCUGGACCGAAAUCUGGUAUGAUUCAGCCCGCAUCAGAAGACGAUUCGAUCGGAGGAAUUAGAAGCCGAAUUCUUUCAAGAGAGAGCGAGAAGAUUCAGAAUUCGUUUCUCUAUCUUUGUACAAUAUUUUGCUACAAAAUAUUUUUAAUAUUUUUAAGUCUUUAGUCUUCUGUUAGAAACGAAUUUUUUUUUGUUAAUUACAAUACGAGAUGUGUUGCACCUCAAACUGAAAGCUGUUUGCGUUCACAAACUGAAAAAUGUCAUCAUUUUUGAAAAUUAUUCGAAAAAUACUUUUGCUAUAAUACAACUCUUUUAAUAAAUACAUAAAGAUCGAAGAUUAAUACUGAUAAUUAAUUAUUUAUCGCAUGGAGUGCAACAUAUCCAAUUUCAGUCAUCUAGAACCAUUAUAUACUAACAAUAAGCAUAGAAAUAAUGAGAAAAAAGAUUAGACCACGUUUGAAAUGUACUGAAAUAUUUCGUAUAGGAAACUUUCAUAAAAAUCCUGCUUCUAAUUUUUACUUGUAAAUAGCGCUAUCUUUUGCUAUGUAUCAAAAGAUAAUUAGAAAGACGAAGCGUAAUUUGUCGUUUAUUCAAAAAAUGUGUCCAAUUAAUGUGAAAGUGGCGCGACUCGAUGAGCUUAGGUUCAAAUUUAAUUGAUAUUUUUAGAGCAAAUUUUUUAUGUAAAAUGUGAUUUCUUCAAAUAGCAAAUUCGUUUCGCGUCACUUUAACGCUUGAUUUGAUUUAUAUUCUUCUAUUAUGAAAUUUUUGAGCGAACGCAAUUGUGUGCCAAUUGGCCAGAUAUGCCAACGAUUUUUACGAAUUUGUAUGAAAUGAAUUAUAUUGUAUGAAAAUUAAUACGCUCGAACUGCGUAGCGAAUUAAAUUUGACGAGAUGACGCUUCGUUGUAGAAAUCAUCAAAUAAACCAUAUCUUACAAGACGAGUCGAAGGCUAUAUCGUUUUUAUAAAAAGUAAAAUUUUUGUGCACAUACAAAUCUUAAUUUUAUUCCCAUCAUUGUGUGUUCUCUACAUUAUGUAUUCUCAAUACACUAUAAAUCUUCUCGAUACAUUGUAUCAAAAUAUAUCGAUAAAUAUUAUCUGAAAACAAAUUAUAAAUUAAAUCCGAUGAUCUAGAAGAUUACAUUCUAUCAUGCAAGAUGUGAUAGCAAAUUUGUGUUCGAUUAUAUUCAGCUAUUUCUACAAAAUGAUAUUCAAAAUAGUACAGUUUAAAAUACUAUAUGCGUAUUAUCAAAGAAAAAGUAGGGGAUAUAGCAAUUAUGAUAUUAAGAUAUUAUCUACUAAUAUUAUGAUCGAAUGUGUUCAUAGAUUCAUAGAUUCCGAAUAAAAAUAUAUUUCAAUUUUUGAAAAUAAAAAUGAAAUAAUUGCAUAUUUUUAAUUGGAAAAGAAUGAAAAUGUUAUAGCCUUCAGUAGUUCGGCCUGUCUUUUUUAAAAAUUGUAUAUAAACAAAUGCAUUUACGCGCAUUGGUGCGCAUGUAAGAUUGUAUAUCAUUAAUUCAAUUAAUAAUAAGAUUCGAUAUUAAUAAAAAUAUUAAAAUGGGAGCGAUGAAAUGAUGAUGUCGACUGUGAAAAAUUAAUAAUUGAUUAUGUAAUAAUUGAUUAUGAAUAAUCGAUAUUGUAUCGCUUCAAUAUUGAAAAAAAGCAGCUAAAAAAGAAAGAGCUUUCCAACACGAUUUUUAUUUUUAACGUAAUCUGUUAAAGUUAAUCUGUUAAAGGAAAGCAUUUUUAUAACAUUUUUUUUUUAUUUUUUGCAUAAUUUAGUUUUAACAUUCCUUUAAAUCUUGCUUCGCGAAUAUUUUGUCAAUGAAAUAAUAAUAAAAUAAUGCGCUAGAAUAUAAAUUUUUCAUCCUGAUUUCUAAAAUUGACAAGUAUAACAAGCAGUGGGCGUUACUGCUUUCUCAGCAUCGAGUAUCAGUUAUGACUUCGACAUACUUUUGUCAUUAUCGUUGUCGUCGUCAUUACUGAUUAUUGUUACUGUUAUUGUAGUUUCUAGUAAAUUCUACUAGUUAUCGUUUGUUGCAACUGUAUUGUAUAAUUGCCGGACGCAUACAAUCAAUUAAUAUUACAUAGUACUAUUGGCGUUUUCGAAUGAACGGGUUAAUUCAACCCAGAUCAAUUAAUCGCUAUAUUUUACUACGAAUUUAAGUCUUUUUUUGGCAGAGGCAAUGAAAUAACAUCGUUAAUCGCUCUUAGAGCGAUUAAAUUUGCUAUAUUCGAAAACGCCAUAUGUUUAUCAUUGCGAUUAUUAUCGCUGCAAUGAUUAUUAUUAUAUGAAAAUGUAUACAUAUAUUUUUUUUAUUAUGUGUAAUUAUAUUAUUUUAAUACUUUAACAUACAUACAAGUCUAACCACAUUAUAACAAUGUUGAAUGGAUUGCUGGUAUAAUAUGGACAUGAUAUGGAUAUGAUAGAAGAUAAAUAAAUGAUGUUUUUAAUUAAUUAAAAAUA